AUGGGUAAUUAUUUUUUUAAAGAAAAAGAAAAAGAAAUGUCAUUGGUUGAAGUAAACCAAGAAAGAGUACUUGAUGUUUAUUUAAACGUCUACUCAAACUCAAGUGAUGAAUUAAUAGGUGCAAGAAUUUACAAAAAGGGUGCAGUUGAAGAAUACAUCGGUACAAAUGCAGGUCACUAUUCUAUUAUUAUAGAUAGAAAUGGCGAAUCUGACGAUGAUGAUCACCCAGUAGGUUUAGAAAUUCAUUUGGUAAUGAAGGAUGCAAUGAAUUCUAUUGAAACUGGUUUCAAAGAAUCUGAAAGAAGUUCUAAUUCAACAAAAUUAAUUAGAACUGUUAAAGUGGGUAAAGCAUUGUUGAUUAAAACUAAAGAAUAUGUUGAAGGCGAUGAUUAUGAUAGAAAAGCUAUUAUCGGUAACCGUUUCCAUGAAUCAUUUUAUACCUUCAUUAAAGAAAUAUGUGGUGGAGACAACUCAUGGGGUAGAAAGAAUAACUGCCACAACUUUGCUAAAUACUGUUUGGAAGAAGAAUUACAUUUAAAAUGGCCGGAAACUGUUCAAUCACCAUGCGAUAAUUACCCAUUCUUAUUAGAUACAUUAAAAAUUCAAAAAUCUGCAUCUAUUCAAACUAACCAAUCAUCAUAA